UUAAAAAGAAAAGAAAAUUACGUAAAAAAAGAUUUUUAAUUUUUAAUACAGCCGGUACUAUUAAGCUGGUUUUUGGUUUUUCACAACCAAUUGAUUUUGGUUAUAAAAAUCCUUACCAACAAUUAAAUUCGUUGUGGAAUUUUCAAAUGCAAUAUCGUUUACCAACACAAUCAUUUGACAUUGUACAAUUAUAUAAAUUAAUAUUUUGGUAUUCUAAUGAAGAGAAGAAGAAAAGAUCUUUAACAUAUGAUAUAAGCCGAAAAUAUAUUUAUAAAAUUAUUGAAGUUAUAUUGGACAAAAUGGGGUAUGAUGGUAAAAAUUGUUUAUUAAAAUUGAUAUGUGAAAUUGCUAGAGAACCUAUUCAUGGAAAUUCAAUGAUUUAUCAAAUUUUAAAUACAAUACUGAGUCCAUUAAAUGGUUCAAUUGAUGAUGAUUACCUGGAAGCGAAAAGAGCUGGACUACAAUGGGCCAAUUGUUCAAGUUGCUUUUAUAAAUGCAUUAAUUUUAAUUUAUUAGAAAAAUUUUCCAUUUAUUUAUAAAGCUUGCGAUUGUAUAAUAAAAA